AGGCUAUGGAAGCCCCGUAGGGCCAAUACACGUCAGCGCGUACGUUUCCCAGCAGUCUCACUUCAUAUUGUACACAAUCAUCAUGGCGACCCAGGAUGGAAGUGAAGAAGUCGUAAUGGAAACUGAAGCCACGUUGAAAGAGCCACAACAACUGUGUGAAAAUGUUGGCAAAGGGAAUGCUGAAGUAUCGGAAACUGUGUCUCGGACAGAUGAUGCCGGGGAAAGCUCUUCAAAUCAGGACCCUACUGUCAGCAAUGGAGAUGACAGUGAUGAAGGAAAGGAGAUGGUGGAUCUUAAGAUUAUUUGGAACAAGAAUAAGUAUGAUCUCAAAAUUCCUUUAGAUGGCACUGGAGCCAAACUGAAAGAGCGGAUCCAUUCACUCACUGGUCUUCCACCUGCUAUGCAGAAAGUAAUGUACAAGGGACUGCUGCCAGAAGAUAAGACGCUACGUGAAAUUAAAGUUACAAAUGGUGCAAAAAUAAUGGUGGUGGGAUCUACAAUAAAUGAUGUACUAGCUGUAAAUACUCCAAAAGAGGUUAUUCAGCAGGAAGUUAAAGCUGAAGAAAACAAAAAGGAACCUUUGUGUCGGCAAAAACAACACAGAAAGGUGUUGGACAAAGGCAAACCAGAGGACAUAAUGCUAUCUGUUAAAGGAACAAAGGAACGCUUACCAACAGUGCCUUUAGCUGGAAUGUACAACAAAUCUGGUGGAAAAGUUCGGCUCACCUUCAAACUGGAACAAGAUCAACUGUGGAUUGGAACUAAGGAGAGGACAGAGAAAAUCCCUAUGGGCUCCAUCAAACAUGUGGUGACUGAACCCAUUGAAGGUCAUGAGGAUUAUCACAUGAUGGCGUUUCAGUUGGGUCCAACAGAAGCCUCUCAGUAUUGGAUCUACUGGGUGCCAAUUCAGUUUGUUGAUGCAAUCAAAGACACAGUCCUUGGAAAGUGGCAGUAUUUCUAAUGUGCCUCUAUUAUUGACAUUGAAGAACUGUGAUCUAGAACAGGAACAAAUGAAAAUGGGGAUCUGGAGACAAGGAGUCCUAAGGAACUUAACAUUGAAGCAUAUUAGAGAUGCAAACUGAAGGAUGCCUAUGGACUAAUCAUAUUAUUUUGGGUUUCAAGUGCACUAUGAGGCAGCAUCAUAUUCCUCAGCCCAGUUCAUCAUUCAUUUUUUUGAGCAAACCCAAGGGAAAACAAUAAAACUAAAUGUACAGAGA